AUGGCGUCUGUGAGCCCUGCGGAGCGUGAGAGCUUUCAGCGGGACGGCUUUCUGAAAGUGGACGCUCGGUCGAGACCUCGGCGAGCGUCCUCGGUGUCCUCGGAGAAACUCAUCAGUGUGGAGCAAGCCAAAGAGCUUCGCGAGCAUUAUGAGGAGCUUUUUUCAAGGAAAGUUCCCCACAGGAAGUCUUCGCCCUUGGUGGCCGCGGUGGCCUUGUCACCGGACGUGGCCCAAGUGGCUGCGAGCCUCAUGGGCUGGGAGGGAACUCGCUUGGCGCAGGAUGACGUGCUGUGGAAGCCACCAGGUGCGAGUGGUGUGGGCUAUCACCAAGACAGCGCGUAUAUCUCCCAGAACUUCCGUCCCCUGGAGAACAACUCGGUGACGGUGUGGAUCGCGCUGGACGAUGCAGAUGAAGAGACUGGAGUGGUGGAAUAUGCCGUGGGCUCCCAUCGCUGGCCCCUCCACGACGACUCUGCCACGACGUCGUCCUUCCACGGAGCCGACGACGAGUGGGCACCCCUGCGCCACGCCGCCGAGCGCGCUGGCGUUGGUCCUCCGGAGAUCCGGCGCUUAACAGUGCCGCUGGGGGGCGCCGUGUUUCAUCACCAGGACGUGUGGCACGGCUCCGGCCGCAACCGCUCGUCGCACCGCCCGCGCCGAGCGCUGGGCGUUCAUUUGCUGAAGCGCCGGGAGACCGAGGAGAUCCAGAUUUCGAAGCUGAAGAAGAGCAUAGGUGACCUGGUUUGGCGCCGAGAGCCGCGGCCCGACUACAUCUAUGGGCGCUACAUGCUCAGUGAAGACUCUGAAGAGGUUUCUGAGCAGUUCUUCCCUAUCACCUGGACACCCUCAGGCGCGAGCUGGGCCAGCUGA